AUGCAGACGGAGGCGCGGGUGGGCGGCGUGGUCGUCGACGGCGGCCGGGCUGCCGUGGCGGCGGCCCGCCGCCCGGAGCAGCAGCAGCAGCGCCACAUCGGCACGGCGGCGCACCUGGCGGCCGGCGGGCUCGCCGGCGUCGUCAGCAAGACCUGCACCGCGCCCCUCGCCCGCCUCACCAUCCUCUUCCAGGUGGCAGGUAUGCAUUCAGAUGCUGCAGCUCUGAGGAAGUGUAGUAUAUGGCACGAGGCUUCACGGAUUGUUCGAGAAGAAGGCUUCGGGGCAUUUUGGAAAGGCAACCUAGUGACAAUUGUACAUCGGUUACCUUAUUCUGCCAUGAGCUUCUACUCAUACGAGCGAUACAAAAAGUUCCUCAGAAUGGUGCCUGGCCUAGACGACCCAAAUUAUGCUGGUGUUGUGAAUCUGCUUGGUGGUGGUUUGGCAGGAGUCACAGCGGCAUCUGUAACUUACCCUUUGGAUGUUGUUCGAACUCGUUUGGCAACACAGAAAACCACUAGGUAUUACAAGGGCAUAUUUCACACAUUGUCUACAAUUUGUAAAGAAGAGACGGGCAGAGGAUUGUAUAAAGGUCUUGGUGCCACGUUAUUGGGAGUUGGACCUGGUAUAGCAAUCAGCUUCUAUGUAUAUGAAUCCCUGAGGUCUCAUUGGCAAAUGGAAAGGCCGAAUGAUUCCAACGCUAUUGUGAGCUUGUUUUCUGGGAGUCUAUCUGGUAUUGCAGCAUCGACAGCCACAUUUCCCCUUGACCUUGUAAAGCGGCGGAUGCAACUCCACGGUGCUGCUGGGGCAGCGCCUAUUGACAAAUCGAGCAUAGCUGGAACCAUCCGCCAAAUCCUGCAGAAGGAAGGCCCUCGUGGCUUCUACCGAGGCAUUGUCCCGGAGUACCUGAAGGUUGUUCCUAGCGUCGGGAUAGCCUUCAUGACCUACGAGGUGCUUAAGAGCCUGCUCUCCAGCAUUGGCGAGGAUGACGAGAACUAAUAUAGCAAACUUGGUUAAACUCGAGUUAGCUCACAUUUUUGCCUUGCCGCCUUAGUUUACUGCAAGAAGACUACACACUGUAUGAGAGUGAUUACAGCGCAUGCCUUUGCCGGGCAGUUUUGUAGGUGUUGGUAGGAUAAAGCCUUUACCUGAGAAAGACCAUGUUGUACCAUAGGCUAUAGAGCAUACGGAUGGAUCUGUUUUCCUCUGAGCAUAUUAUGCUCUGAUUCGUAGUGAAAUGUAAUGCCCUUCCCAAGGAGAAACCUCCCAAGGUGUAACAAAUUUGUGUAUUUAUUACUGCCGGUUUCAUGUUUACACCAAGAUGGCUACAGUGGAUAUUGAAAAUUGUCAACUUGCAGCAGGCAUUUUCCUA